UUUUAUGGCAUUUUUUACUCCAUCAUUUUAAACUCUGUACAGGUGGGACUAUGCUUUUGUGCUGUAAUUAGUUUAGAAUUUAUGUGUUAAAAAGGAAUUUUUAAUGCGUUGCACGGUACAUAUCAUGGAAUAGAGAUUAUUGUUACAUAUAAGACUGGAAAACAGCAUUUCUGUAUGCAUGUGAAAUUCAUGCUGAUUGAAUUCACAGGGCAAGAAUAUUUAAUCUAGCUAAACUGAGAAGUGCAGGGAAUAAAGGUUAACCAUUAGGCAACCAAAUGGCAAAAUUUUUAUCAUAUUACUACCUUCAAAUAAAAUUAGUUAGGUUGGUGAAAAGAUGUGUUGCAACCAUUAGGGCACAAAUUUGCUUGGGAGAACAGAUGCGAUGGUUUAUGCUGUUAAGACACCACCUUCAAUCUACGCUACUUCUGCUUUCUCGCUACGUAUUUGUAUCUAGACAUGGUAUCUCAGGUUACCUAUUUGCAUUUACACAUCUGUCUUGCUUCGUACUGAAGGUUCAAGUAGGGGUUUAAGGGUCAGGGCUGGGAGGUGGCCUAUGUGGUCAGUUUCUGUGGUACUUCUUCUGUGGGUGGGCUUUUUCAGUCAUGUGGUAUUUUCCAAUUAAGCAUUAUCUCCUGCUGAGAUUACACUGACAGGUAUAUUAUUAUCACAUUCUUCUUCUCUGCCCUCAUCUCGGUGCAAGGUAGUUCUCAGUGUAGACCCUCUGGUUCCUGAGGAACCCUAACAAUAGAUUGUGGUUUCUUUGGCAGAUGGAGAGGCUCAGUUUAGUAAUUACAAGGUGAAUACCAGCCAUUUCAGAAGUUAUGCUGUGACAGAAUGAGGUUUCUCCUCUCUAAUAUAUUUCUCUCAACGCAUUUCUGUAGCCAUGUAAAGCUGCUUUUAUAUUCCCCUUGUUGCACAGUCCAGACUUUUUUUUCCCCCCUACCCUUUAGCUUAAGUCAUUUAACUACAUUCGUGUAACCUAAGUACUGAUGUUACAUAGUGGUCACAACUGAAUACUUCUCUCUGACAAGUUUUUUAUUUAGUCUUCUGUGCACCCGCAAAAGGAAAGUGACCCAUUUAAAUCUCACGGCAUUGUCAUUAAUAUCUAGAAAAAGUAGUUAUUCUGUAUUCCUUGAAUGACCAUGUAGUAAUGAGAAUUCACUGUCUGAACGUUUUCCUAUUUCUCGCCCCUUCCCCCAUCCCUAGCACUUCAAUAACAUCUGCCAAAAUCCAAGUGAACGGAGUCCACCUGCAUUAUCAGCAGACAGGAGAAGGAAGCCAUGCGGUUCUUCUGCUUCCCGGAAUGCUAGGGAGUGGUCAAACCGAUUUUGGACCACAGCUUAAGUCUAUGAAUAAGCAACUUUUCACAAUUGUUGCUUGGGAUCCUCGGGGAUAUGGACAGUCCAUUCCUCCAUCUCGAGACUUUCCUCCAGAUUUCUUUGAGAGGGAUGCAAAAGAUGCUGUGGAUCUUAUGCAGGCACUGAAAUUUAAGAAGUUCUCUUUGCUGGGGUGGAGUGAUGGUGGAAUUACAGCACUCAUUGCAGCUGCAAAGUAUCCAACCCUUAUCCACAAGUUGGUUGUCUGGGGAGCAAAUGCCAGCGUUACUCAAGAGGAUGUGAGAAUUUAUAAUGGCAUCCGAGAUGUUUCAAAGUGGAGUGAAAAGGUCAAGAAACCACUGGAAGAGCUGUAUGGACAUAAGUACUUUGCAAAAACCUGUGAGGCUUGGGUAGAUGGAAUAUCUCUCUUUGCUGAAAAAUCAGAUGGUAAUAUCUGCCAAGAGUUGCUGCCAGAUAUUAAAUGUCCCACAUUUAUAAUUCAUGGCGAGAAAGACUGCUUGGUUCCACAAGCUCAUGCAGAAUACAUCCAUAAGCACAUCAAAGGCUCUCGGUUGCUUCUGAUGCCAGAAGGAAAGCAUAAUCUACACCUGCGUUUUGCAGAGGACUUCAAUAGACAAGUGGAAGCUUUCCUGCAAUGACUUAAAGUGUAAAACAAGUUAGAGGUGUUUGUCCUCGCCUUGUUUAGGCAUUUUAGCUGGCUUUCCAUUUUCAUUCAAGCUACAGGUAGGUUUGAGUCCUGUAAGAAAAAAGAUGAAAGAUACUUGCAUGAGAACCAUACAUUCUGAGAAUAUGUAAGCCUCAGUGGGUCAGAGCGCACCAUUGUGCUGCAAGAUCGCCAACAUCUUUGAACUUACUUCUUGCCACAUGGGCCAAAUAGCUGUUCUGUGUCCAAUAAAGGUGUUAAGAAAGACAGAAAACAUAAUAUAGAAUACAUGCCUUUAUGUGCUCUUACCAUCAAAAGACAAAAAACAUGGUAAUAACUGGGAUUCAGAACUGUUACAUUGAGAAAUCUGUCAAAGUUACAAGUGCUGAGAGGACAACUGGGUACACAGUUUCUAGAGAACAUGCUUCACCACCACUAUCAGAAGUCAUUCAGUACACAUGCCUGCUUUACAGAAGUUCCCUUGAUACCAGGGGACUUAAGCCUCAUCCUCCUCUCCUUCCUCUUCA